UCAAACUGUUGAUAAUCCCGGCAUUCACAUGAAAAGAUGUUCUCGAUGUUACAAAUCCAAAGUUAUUGAUGAGUUUAUUCGAUUAAAUAAGAACAGUUUAGGGGAAUGUUCUACAUGUAAUACCUGUGCAGAAAAAAGAAAAGGGAAGUCAGUAACUGUCGAGAGUGAAGAAGCCGCAUCUUCAGAGAAUUUAAACUUAGCUUAUUUAGAUGACUGA